CAGCUGACGGCCAGUCGGCUCAAAGGGACACCCGAUUGCCCCGACUACGGGCCCGCUACUGUCAAGUGGCCAGUCGGCAUCGACCUCGGUUGCUGGCGGUGUCGGCCAUUUGUGCUGGGUCUUCGCGUUCUAUCGCAUGCCAGUCCACCUUUGCUUGUUCACCGCUUUUUAUCCUCUCCUCUGGCUCUUCCUCACCGUAUCUCCAUGGGCGUUGACCAGACCAAAUCCGGCUAA